UGUGUGGAAUGGUGAUGUAAGAGACGGGGAGUCCAGUUGAGGAUGGGUAAGAGGGUGUGGGCUCACGCAUUCACUUGCACCAGCACCCAGAGUUUGUACAGACUGAGGAGCUGCCCCUCAGGUCACUCGUGCUCGGAAAGUUCCUGAAGGCUGCAUCUUCAUGGCAGGUCCCAUAGGGCUCUUUAUAGGAGACAAGAGCCCCCAAAGGCUGAGCAGACCCAGCUAUGGCUCCAUCUCCAGCCCACCGAACCCAGGGUCACAGCAAGAGACUGUCCGGGAGACCUACUUGAGUGAGAAGAUCCCCAUCCCAGAGGCAGAACCGGGCAGGUUCAGCCUGCGGAAGCUGUGGGCCUUCACCGGGCCCGGCUUCCUCAUGAGCAUCGCGUUCCUGGACCCAGGCAACAUCGAGUCGGAUCUUCAGGCUGGCGCUGCCGCUGGAUUCAAACUGCUCUGGGUGCUGCUCUGGGCCACAGUGAUGGGCUUGCUCUGCCAGCGACUGGCUGCCCGGCUAGGCGUGGUGACAGGCAAGGACUUGGGCGAGAUCUGCCAUCUCUACUACCCUAAGGUGCCCCGCACGCUCCUCUGGCUGACCAUCGAGCUAGCCAUCGUGGGCUCGGACAUGCAGGAGGUCAUCGGCACGGCUAUCGCAUUCAAUCUGCUCUCAGCUGGGCGAAUCCCACUCUGGGGUGGCGUCCUCAUCACCAUUGUGGACACCUUUUUCUUCCUCUUUCUGGAUAACUAUGGGUUGCGCAAGCUGGAAGCCUUCUUUGGAUUCCUCAUUACCAUUAUGGCCGUGACCUUUGGCUACGAGUACGUGGUGGCACGCCCGGCGCAGGGAGCGCUCCUUCGAGGCCUGUUCCUGCCCUCGUGCCCCGGCUGCGGCCAGCCAGAACUGCUGCAGGCUGUGGGCAUUGUUGGAGCCAUCAUCAUGCCCCACAACAUCUACCUGCACUCGGCCCUGGUCAAGUCUCGAGAGAUAGACCGGACCCGGCCGGCAGACAUCCAAGAAGCCAACAUGUACUUCCUGAUUGAGUCCACCAUCGCCCUGUGUGUCUCCUUCAUCAUCAACCUCUUUGUCAUGGCUGUCUUUGGGCAGGCCUUCUACCAGCAAACCAACCAGGCAGCGUUCGACGUCUGUGCCAACAGCAGCCUUCAGGACUACGCCAAGAUUUUCCCUAUGAACAACGACACCGUGGCGGUGGACAUUUACCAAGGAGGCGUGAUCCUGGGCUGCCUGUUCGGCCCCGCAGCGCUGUAUAUCUGGGCAGUAGGUCUCCUGGCCGCCGGGCAGAGCUCCACGAUGACCGGCACCUACGCGGGACAGUUCGUGAUGGAGGGCUUCCUUCGGCUGCGUUGGUCACGCUUUGCUCGCGUCCUGCUCACUCGCUCCUGCGCCAUCCUGCCCACCGUGCUGGUGGCCGUUUUCCGGGACCUGAGGGACCUAUCGGGUCUCAACGACCUGCUCAACGUGCUACAGAGCCUGCUGAUGGGAAAACUGAUGCACAAAGUUAAGCAACCAGUGGCAGACCUGGGAUUCAGACUGACAACUUGGUGCCAGAGCCCCAUAACCAUGGAAGUCACAAGGAUGGGGAAUGGCUCAGCCUUGCCACAUUCUGAGGGCAAAGCCCCUCACGCUCUGCCCCCUCCCAGCUUCCCUUUGCGGUGCUGCCCAUCCUCACGUUCACCAGCAUGCCCACCCUCAUGCACGAGUUCGCCAAUGGCCGCUCCAGGCUGGCUGUGGGAGCGCUGGAGCAGGAAACCCAGCUGUCCAGCCAGUCCUGAGCUUCCGUGUCCCCAGGCUGAGCAAGACCAUCACUUCCUCCAUUAUGGCCCUGAUCUGUGCCAUCAACCUCUACUUCGUGGUCAGCUACCUGCCCAGCAUCCCACACCCCGCCUACUUCAUCCUCGUUGCCCUGCUGGCCGCUGCCUACCUGUGCCUCACUGCCUACCUGGUCUGGACCUGUUGCAUCGCCCAUGGAGCCACCUUUCUGGUCCACGGCUCCCAUCGGCACUUCCUGUAUGGGCUCUCCCAAGAGGAGCAGAACCCCGCGGUGUCUGUGCCCUCAGCCUGAGCCUGACUGGAGGUGGAAUGAGUGGGGCUGACUGGCGACCAUGGAGGGAUGGAGGCAGCAAGAUGGAGCUGGAUAGUUUGGGAGGCCGGCCAACCUGUGCCCCCCCCCACCCCCCAGGGACUACACUAACAUCGUCACGACAUAAAGCACUUUAUUUAACACAGUGCCUGGCCCUUGGGUCUUAAAAAAGUCAUUCAAAAAACAUUUAUUGAGCCCCUAUAGGAGUGCCCUGACUGGGGGAAGGGCAGGGCGGGACACAGGCUCCCAACUGACACUUAAAAUAGAGCUAGACACGCUAAAUAAAUGCUAGUUCACUCCCUGUCCCAAACAGCACGAAAUCUCUAAAAACUGAAGACUCCCCCCCACACGCACCCCUUCUCAAAAGUUAGGCUUACUGCUACUCUCCGCAGCCUUUCGGUUCCCCCUGCAACCCAUUUUCCAGGGAGUAAAACAGAAGUGCAGUUCUCCCUCCUAGGCGCCAGGUCAUAAGGAAUCCCAGAGUCUGUGCCUCUGAGGCUCAAUUCAUUUGUCAUCUCCCCAGGGGACCGGGCGGCUGAGACUCCCACGCCGAACAGUUAACACUCCCUGUGCGCUGACUCCCAGCUCCCUCUAGGGGUAGGGACGGUCCCGGGC